UGCAUGCAUGCUCGCGCGCGAGAGGAACAAGACGCAGGGGCAGCGCGGCCGCACCGAAGAGCGAGCGGAGAAGCAGGGGCAGAAGAUCAAGGAGGCCCAGGAGAAGCUUGACAAGGAACAGGCUCUCCUGGCCCGGCAGGGCGACAAGCUGCAGAAACAGAACGCCCGCAUCGAGGAGCUCAGCAUGCCCAAAGCAGGGCAGGGCUGGGUCGCGGCGGUCUCAUUCCUGGAGCAGGCCACUAAAUUCUUGCGCGACCAGGGCGCCGACCCCAAGCUCAGCGAGGCCCUCCGCUACGCCAAGCAGGAGCAAGCCGCCGAGGAGGGGCGCGCUGCUGCCGCCGCCGCGGAGGCAGCCAAGAAGGAGGCCGACGCCGCGCGCGAGGCCGCCAAAGAUGCCAAAGACAAGCGGAGGGGCGCCGGCGAGCAGCAGGUCAUCAAGAUCAUGCAGGACGCAGGCUGCGCGCGCGAGCAGAUCGAGCGCCGCGCGGAGGGCGGGCAGGGGUUCAUCGCCGUCAGCGCGAACUCCAUCGGCACGCUGGAGCGCGCCAUGCGCUCCAUCAGGUACACCAACAAGUUCCCCGUCAUCAUGGCGCAGGAGUUGCAGGCCAAUGAGCACGGCAUCGCCUGCUUCACGCAACGCAUGCAGAAGGAAGGAUGGAGGCUGGGCAUCUCGCCCAGCGUCCGCGCGGCGAGCGGGGGCUGGAGCGAAGGGGUGCUCCUGGCGACCGGUCGCCCCAACGACAUGUGCUACGCCAGGGGCCUCGACACGUGGGGCAUCUCGCCCCGCGAGUCCAACGGCCGCUUCGCGAUCGGCUGGGUCGACGCCCUCGGCAAGCAGGGCGUCGCCAUCGGCGCGGCCUACCUAUGGGUCAGCGAGGGAAUGACCGACCGCAACAAGGCCAUCCUGCGGAACUUCACCACGGCUGCUAUGGCGGUGGGGAAGUACUGGAUCCUGGGCGGCGGCUUCAACAUGGACCCCGCCGGGCUACAGCAGACAGGGGUGGUCGACAGGAAGGAAGGGAUCAUCGCGUUCGACACUUCCCGCGGGUCGUGCGUCUGUCUGGGCGAGGCGCGGCGCCGCGACUACUUCAUCUCGAAGACGCUCCUGGACGGCCCGCCCCAUUUGGCAGUGCAGGACCAGCACAGCCAGGGGGAGGUGGGCAGCUACUGGAGCAACCUGGCCAACACGUACGAGGAGCACCUCAACGAGCACUUCAACUACGUCGGCCUGGAGUGGCACGAUCGCAAGGGCCACCUGCAGGCCCCCACCUGCGCCUGGGGGCAGCUCAAGCUGUCCAAGGUGUGCGAGGCCGGGCGCGAGCAGCAGUGGGCGGAAGCAGCAGAAUGGCUGGGGCGCAGACUCGAGCUUAUCAGCACCGCGGUGCGAGCGUGGCGGCGCAACGGCAAGCAGGAGACGCUGUGCCGGGCGCAGUGCAACGCCAAUGGCAUCCUUGAGAAGGACAUCAUCGAGCCGCGCCUCGAGCGGCGCCACCCGGCCUGGAGCGACGAGCCCGACCAGGAGCGCGCCGCGGACGGGCGCGAGAACGGGGGCGACAUCGGCGACCACGUCGAUGUCGACGCAGAGCGCGAGAACGACAGCGUCGGCGCCGAGGACUGCCUGUCGGUUGGGGCGGAAGCGGCAGGAGAGCGCCGCCUACCGACGGGGCGGGGGCACUGGACGGACAUCGAUUGGAGCAAGUUGGCGAACGCCAUCGCCUGGAUCGGGGCGGCGAACAUCACCGAGCGGGGCCUGCACCGCGUGGAUUGCGCGGCCAAGCUCACGACGGUCGCCAGCCAACGCAUGUGGCGGCGAGUGCAACGGGAAGCAGCAAGAGGUCGGCGGCGCUGGGUGGCCAAGCACAGCCAGGCGGGAGCGGGGGCACUGCGCAAGUGGACGAAGCCGCCAGUCCCGUGGGGACCGAUCAAGCCGACCGAGCACCACAACCAGCAGGAGCUCACGCACCCGCAGGUUGCCGCGGACGCGGCGCUGGAGGGCUGGGAGACGGUCUGGGCGGACAGCCAUGACGCCAGCGAGCUGCGGUGCCAGCCUCCCAGUGACGACGAGUGGCGAGAGCACGCAGUUCCGCGGAUCACACCGAGGGACAUCAUCGAGGCCGCCACCCUCUUCUACCUGAAACCGAAGGCAGCAGGGGGCUUCCGCAACCUGGGCCUCGUCCCCGAGCUGGCGCGCGUGUGGGGGACCACCCGCAUUCCUUGCGCCAGGCGCUGGGAGAUGGUGAUCAUCCUGGAGUUGGACGAGCUCGUGCACCAGUUCCCGCGGGCGGACACGUGCCUGUUCUUCGGCGACCUCGCCAUGGCCACGCGCGGCAUCCGCGAGUUCGUCGACCACUUCCACCCACUGCCCGUCGCGGCCGUGGUAUACAUGUUCGCGGCGGAGCUGGACAUGGCCCUCUCGAGGGGCGCGGAGGGCAAGACGGUCACCCUGACGUCCUCCGCCGCGCUGGGACAGAACAUCAACGCGAACGCCAGGCGCCUCGGCGUGAGAGUGGUGAAGCACGAGAAGCACCUGGGAGAGGGGCGGCGCAGAUGCAGACAAGCCAAAGUGCCAGCGCUCCUCUACGGCUCCACCAUCGUCGGCACCGCAGACUCCAAGCUCAAUGAGUUGAGGAAGAGCGCGGCGACGGCGAUGGAGGGCAACACCAAGGGCAGGUCUACUGCCCUCAAAGACCGAGUCGACAGAGCCGACCCAGGCAACCUGGUCAACAGCGGCCCCAUUAUCGCCUGGGCGACGGCGUGGCAGGAGGCGCUCGAGGACGCGCAGCUGGCCGAGCGGCUCCACAGCGCGUGGCGCACCUCGGUGAUGAAGAUCUACAAGUGCAGGGCCCCCUGGCUCACAGCACGGGGGCCCGCUGGAGCAUUCGCGGCGACGGUGAAGCGCUUCGGCUGGAUGACGCAGGCCGCGCACUCAGUAACAAUCGAUGGCGCGGCUCUCGACCUGCGCUUCGCCAAGCUGCGCGUCGUCCGCACCGCGGAGCUGCAACUGAAGGGCGAGUGGGUGAAGCAGUGCGGCCACCAGUACGGCAUCACCUCCAUCUUCCUAGAGUGGCACCUGACAGCGCGCGCAGGGCGCGCGGGCUGGCACCUAGCACCAAUAGACAUCGAACUUUCGCGUGCCCCGCGCGCCAGCGGCGCCGAGGCGUGGUCGGGGGCCCACGCAUUCAACAGCGAGGAGCAAACCCAUGGCCUGGCCCAGGGGCUGAAGGAAAUUGGGGGGGGGGGGGGCAUCAUGGCGGACCCGGCCGUCGAAUUGAGGCUCUGGGACUUGGCGUCGUGCGACGACUGGCUUGCCGAGGGCAACUGGGGCGGCCUGGCGACGGGGGACAUCUACGUGGACGGUUCGCUGCAGUUCGGCGACUGCCCAGCACUGCGACGAGGCGGCUGGAGCUUCACCAAGCUCAAAGGCAACGACGAGUACGAGAUGGACUGCGUGUGCUACGGGCCGCUCCCUGGCACGCAGUGGAUCCAGAGCGUCCCGAGGGCGGAGCUCUACGCGCUGCUGCAGGCGCUGACAGUGGGCACGCCACCGAUCAUAAUUCAUACCGAUUGCCAGAACGUCGUCGACGGCGCGCAGGCAGGACCGACGUGGCUCGGCAAGAGGAGCCGCCCGCACCUUGACAUUUGGGAGCGCAUCUUCGAGGCCAUCGCCGAGCACGGCGGCCUGAGCCCGCGCGCCGUCAUG